UCCGUAACUGCGUAGCUGGUGCCUGUGCUGCUGCUGCUGCUGCUGCUGCUGAUGUUUCUAAUUUUAUUCUGUGUGUGUGCUCUGUUUAUUCGUAUCGUAUGAAUAUAUCGUAAAGCGAGAGCGCUCUAAACCGCGGGAGAGACGGUAAACACAGCCAACGAAAACAUAUCUGCUAUCAGUACGCUUGAUUCGAUUCAAUCGUCAACAACAAAACACACUUUUUUCAAACCAAACACUUUAUCGUCGUUACACUCUCAACGCCAAAAUCUCAUUCUCCCACAAGUGUUUUGUUUUUUAUUUGCAUCUGGUGUCUCCAUCGAACGCAGCAACAGAGUCGAUAGUUUUGAAAGGAAAAAUAAAGAUACAAAUAUUCGAACCGAAAAAAUCAAAAAAUUGCCUUCGAAGCAAAAAUCAUCAAGAAGAUUUGUGCGUUCGUGAAAAUCAUUUCAUUUUCUUAUUUAAUUUGUGAAAUUGAAUGCGUUGCAGUGAUCCAUCGUGCGUGACUUCGAAUUGAUAGACAAACAAAAAACAGCUCAUAACUGCAACCAGCUUAUUAUCCAUAUUAAAUCGCUUGGAUUCUGUGAAUCGUUUGAUAUAAAAGAUAAAUAAUAGAAUGGCAGCCAGUGCACCAACUCCAGACGCAGCCCUUGCGAAGCUCUCAAUUGAGGAGAAUGGCAAAAGCAAUGGAACGUCGAACAAUGGUUCGGCUGCAAAUAGUCCUGAAUUUAAAGAGCAAUUCAAGGCAUUCUCCAAGUUUGGUGACACGAAAUCCGAUGGCAAAUUAAUAACGCUGUCACAGAGCGAUAAAUGGAUGAAACAAGCAAAAGUUAUCGACAAGAAAAUCACUACAACUGACACGGCCAUCCAUUUCAAGAAAUUGAAAUCGCUCAAGGUCACCUUCUCCGACUACAAUAAAUUCCUUGACGAUUUGGCCACGACCAAGAAAGUUGAUUUGACUGAAAUCAAAAACAAGCUCGCUAAUUGUGGUGCACCCGGUGUAGCUCAAAUCACUAACGGUGGAAAAGCUGCAGCCGCUGUGAGCCGUUUGACUGAUCCAUCAAAGUACACGGGUUCGCACAAGGAGCGCUUUGAUGAAACCGGCAAAGGAAAAGGCAUCGCUGGACGAAAAGAUAUCGUAGACACGGCUGGUUAUGUUUCGGGCUAUAAACAUAAAGACACCUUUGACAAAACACAUUAAUUUCGUUACUAUUAAAAAUAUCAAGACUCAAGUUUCUAAUAUUUUUUUUUUCUUUGAUUUUAUAAUCAAUUUUUGCAACUAUUCAUACAUCAAAUACGAACUUUCCGAUCGAAAACGAAAAAAAAACAUUUUCCACUUUUAUUAAAUUAUCGAGUCCUUUAUUUUUAAGUUACAUCCGGUUUCAUCAUUGUUUUUUUUAUUGUCAUCAUUUUUUUUAUUUUAAUUCGAUCAGUAUGUGUUAUGUAUUAGUAUCUACGUAUAACAAUAUAUGGGACAAGUAUAUUCAAUCAGAUGGAUAAUAUUGAAAAUCCUAAACAUUUUGAAUAUUAGAUUCGUUAUGUAAACGUGCAAAAUUUCCCGACGAAAAGCGAAUAGUUAGACAUUUUGAUCCUUUCACAGUUCUAUCGAAUUGCAGCUCAUACUUUUUCUAAAUAGCGGAAAUACGGUACUUGGAAAGUUUUUUUUUUAGUUUAAAAAUGUUCAGUCAAUCCUAUCGAAAACGUCAAGCUUCAUUUUUGCACAGAUUUUGAACGCAUUCUAAUUUGUGAUCAGUAGAUUUUCCUUCCUUUCUCCAAAACAUGUUUGUUUUCCAUUAUGCGCCUAGACCAUGCAAAUCGGCAAAUGAUGAGCCAACGCGAAUAAAUGUGUCUAGUGUCCACAUGGCUGAGCUUCGGGUUGGAAUUUUUGGAUUUCCUCAGCUUCACUCUUCCCAUACCCAAAAGAAGUUUUCCCAAGUCAAUUGACUUGAAUAAUGUUUAGCAUUUAGAUUCAUGAAAGUAAUAUAUUUGUUGACCAUUUUAAAAUUCUAUUUCUGCUUACUUCAAAAAGAAUUACACAAUUAUUUAUUAUAUUUGA